CUGAAAACCCAACUAGCAACAUGAAAUUCUUCGCCGUUCUUGCCGUCAUCGUGGCUUCGGCCAUCGCCGCCGAGGUGCCCGUGUACCGCAGCGUGGAAGCCGAUGCCCCCAUCCUGCGUUACGACAACGAGGCCGCCCCCGACGGUUCCUCCUUCCACAACGCCAUUGAAACCGGAAACGGCAUCGCUCAGCAAUCCGAGGGAGUCCUGAAGAACGUCAACUCUGAAUACCCCGCUCUGGAAGUCCGUGGCUCCGUCAGCUACACCUCUCCCGAGGGUGUCCCCGUCAGGCUUACCUGGGUUGCCAACGAGGACGGCUACAGAGCCGAAGGUGACUCCAUCCCCGUCGCUCCCCCAGUACCAGAGCUGAUCCUCCGCAGUCUCGAGUACAUCCGCAACCACCCCGCCCCCGCCCCCGUUGAGUACCUCGUCAAGAAGAACUAAGUGACCC